AUGAGGAUCAGCGAGACUGAGCUGGUGGAACAGCUGUUCCUGGACUUUACUGGGCAAGAAGCGGUCCAAAAGGAUACCCGAGGAUUUCCGAUCGUAGAACUCUGGGCUAGCGAGUACGGGAACGCUAUACGGAAACGCAGAUUCGGUGACGCUGUGUGGGCACGCUACCAUCUCGACGGUAGUGUACAUGAUGGAAAAAUUGAAGACACAAACAAGACCGUUCUCCAGUUGACCGAGGAGGAUGCACUGGAUUACAGUGUGGGCGAUCCAGACUUUUAUGCCGAAGCGCUAUCAUCUGUCUAUAAGCGCACUCGUGCCUCGGAUGGAUAUCGUGUGACUCAUUGA